UGGCUCCUAGAGACCAGCUUUCACAUACAACACACAGUGAGCUGAGAACAGCAGCUGCUGGAGCUGUCAGUGGGAGCAGAGCUUUGCUGCACACACAGUCACACACAGAGCACAGACAAUACCCAGACCCUGCACAGUGCAAGGCACACUUUGGGAUUUGCAAUUGCUACAACCUGCAGGAGGAAACUAGUGCAUUUAUCAGCAUCAGCAUCAGCAGGAAGGUACAGGAAGAACCAUGACUUCGGCAACAUCACCAAUCAUUCUGAAAUGGGACCCCAAAAGUUUAGAAAUUAGGACACUUACCGUGGAGAGUCUACUGGAGCCACUCGUGACCCAGGUCACUACCCUGGUGAACACAAGCAAUAAGGGCCCAUCUGGUAAGAAGAAAGGUCGGUCAAAAAAGGCUCAUGUCCUGGCUGCCUCUGUAGAACAGGCCACCCACAAUUUCUUGGAGAAAGGAGAGCAGAUUGCAAAAGAAAGUCAUGAUUUGAAGGAGGACCUGAUCUCCGCAGUAGAAGAUGUGCGUAAACAAGGAGACACCAUGAGGAUUGCAUCUUCAGAGUUUGCAGAUGACCCUUGUUCUUCGGUGAAACGUGGAACCAUGGUACGAGCUGCCCGGGCACUGCUUUCUGCUGUCACUCGUCUGCUAAUCUUGGCAGACAUGGCUGAUGUCAUGAGGCUUUUAACCCAUCUAAAAAUAGUGGAAGACGCUCUGGAGACGGUGAAAAAUGCCACCAAUGAGCAGGAUCUUGCGCAACGCUUCAAAGAAUUCGGCAAAGAAAUGGUCAAGUUAAACUAUGUUGCUGCCAGAAGACAACAGGAGUUGAAGGAUCCUCACUGCAGGGAUGAAAUGGCAGCAGCACGUGGAGCUCUGAAGAAGAAUGCCACCAUGUUGUACACCGCCUCGCAAGCCUACCUCCGCCACCCCGACGUGGCCGCUACCCGGGCUAACAGAGACUAUGUAUUCAAACAAGUACAAGAGGCCAUCGCUGGCAUCUCUAAUGCUGCUCAAGCAACCUCACCCACUGAUGAGAAACAGGGGCACACUGGCAUAGGCGAGCUGGCCGCUGCACUCAACGAAUUUGACAAUAAAAUAAUCUUAGACCCCAUGACCUUCAGUGAAGCCAGAUUCAGGCCUUCUCUUGAAGAGAGGCUUGAAAGUAUUAUCAGUGGAGCAGCUCUAAUGGCCGACUCAUCGUGCACACGGGAUGACCGCAGAGAAAGAAUUGUAGCUGAGUGCAAUGCUGUGCGACAGGCUCUCCAAGAUCUGCUGAGCGAGUACAUGAAUAAUACUGGAAGAAGAGAAAAGGGUGACCCGCUGAACAUCGCCAUUGACAAAAUGACAAAGAAAACAAGAGAUUUGCGGAGACAGCUUCGUAAGGCAGUUAUGGACCAUAUUUCUGAUUCCUUCCUGGAGACUAAUGUCCCCCUGCUGGUUCUGAUUGAAGCGGCGAAGAGUGGUAAUGAAAAAGAGGUUAAGGAAUAUGCCCAGGUUUUUCGUGAACAUGCCAACAAAUUGGUGGAGGUGGCUAAUCUGGCUUGCUCAAUCUCUAAUAAUGAAGAAGGAGUGAAGUUAGUCCGCAUGGCAGCUACUCAGAUUGAUAGUUUAUGCCCACAGGUUAUCAAUGCAGCACUGACUUUGGCCGCCCGGCCACAAAGUAAGGUAGCUCAAGAUAACAUGGAUGUCUUUAAGGAUCAGUGGGAGAAGCAAGUCCGCGUCCUUACAGAAGCUGUUGAUGACAUCACAUCAGUUGAUGAUUUCCUUUCUGUUUCAGAAAACCACAUAUUGGAGGACGUCAAUAAAUGUGUCAUAGCUCUGCAGGAGGGUGAUGUUGAUACAUUGGAUAGAACGGCUGGGGCAAUUAGAGGUCGUGCAGCCAGAGUCAUCCACAUCAUUAAUGCAGAAAUGGAAAACUACGAAGCUGGGGUUUAUACAGAGAAGGUAUUGGAAGCCACCAAGUUACUCUCAGAAACUGUUUCAUAUCACCAUAUCCAAAGUUUAGCAUUUGAUAUGCUACCAGUUGUUGGAGUUAUGCCUCGUUUUGCUGAGCAAGUGGAGGUUGCCAUAGAAGCUUUAAGCACAAACAUUCCUCAGCCAUUUGAAGAGAAUGAGUUCAUUGAUGCAUCACGCUUGGUUUAUGAUGGAGUUCGUGACAUCCGGAAAGCUGUUCUCAUGAUCAGGACUCCUGAAGAACUGGAAGAUGAUUCGGAUUUUGAACAGGAGGACUAUGAUGUCAGAAGCCGAACAAGUGUGCAAACUGAAGAUGACCAGCUCAUUGCUGGACAAAGUGCAAGAGCUAUCAUGGCUCAGCUCCCACAAGAAGAGAAGGCAAAGAUUGCCGAACAGGUUGAGAUUUUUCACCAAGAGAAAAGCAAACUGGAUGCCGAAGUGGCCAAAUGGGAUGACAGUGGGAAUGACAUUAUUGUGCUGGCCAAGCAGAUGUGUAUGAUAAUGAUGGAAAUGACAGACUUCACCCGAGGCAAAGGCCCGCUAAAGAAUACGUCUGAUGUGAUUAAUGCCGCAAAGAAGAUCGCAGAAGCGGGUUCUAGGAUGGACAAAUUGGCUCGUGCAGUUGCUGAUCAGUGCCCUGAUUCAGCAUGCAAACAGGAUUUGCUCGCCUACCUACAGAGGAUUGCCCUGUACUGUCAUCAGCUUAACAUCUGCAGUAAAGUCAAAGCCGAGGUCCAGAAUCUUGGGGGUGAACUUAUUGUAUCUGGGACUGGAAUGCAGAGCACUUUCACUACCUUUUAUGACGUAGCAGGUGAUGUCAUAGCUGGAGGCAGGGAUAGUCAACUUUCCCUCGACCUACUUCCCUCCUGUGCCGAAAGCGCCCUUUUCGGGAAUGGAAGCAGGGACUCCACCAUGCUGGAUAGUGCUACUUCCCUGAUACAGGCUGCCAAGAACCUGAUGAACGCUGUAGUCUUAACAGUGAAAGCCUCCUAUGUUGCAUCUACUAAAUAUCAAAAAGUCUACGGAACAGCAGCUGUAAACUCACCUGUUGUGUCUUGGAAAAUGAAAGCACCAGAGAAGAAACCAUUGGUAAAAAGAGAAAAACCAGAGGAAUACCAAACACGUGUAAGGAGAGGGUCCCAGAAAAAGCAUAUCUCUCCAGUACAGGCUCUAAGUGAAUUUAAAGCAAUGGAUUCCUUUUAAAACACUAGGCUUUAGUAAUAUAUAUAUUUUUGGUUUCUGUUUUAUUUCAUUUCAUUUCUUUUUCAAGUCAUUUUGUAUGCAUACCUGCCAGCUUGUGUGCGUCUGGCAUGACCCAAACUCUAAGCAGUGUUUAUUUUAUUUUUUCUGCAUGCCAACCUGAGAUUUUAUUGGAGUCAAAACCUACAUUUGCAAUAAAUCAGAUACAUUGACUGCUGUUGAGGUAUUAACCAUUUAAAUGCUGCGCAGAACAUGACACAACUUAGCCAAGUUCCUUAGCGGAACUUUAAUGUAUUUUCCCAGGUUUCGAGAUCGAGAUAAAUGAUUGACUAGUGGAUUUCAAUGAAAAAAAUAAAUAUAUAUAUAUCUUAAAAUCUAAGCAAAUAUAUUAUGCAUGCAGGAAAUAUUAUGUUGGCAGGUAUCGUAAGAAAAGAAUGAAAGUGUAAUGGUAGGCUAUCCAGCUUGCAAUGCUUUUUAUUCAGUGCAAAAAACAAUAUACCUAGCAAAUUACGCCUAAGUGUGUGGGCAAAAUGAUCAAGUAAAUAACUUUUUACGUUCUAGAUCUAGUAUGUGGCUUUUUGUAAGGAACAACCUAAAUAACCUAACUGAAAACGUUUUUUUCCCCCCUCAUAGUGCAUUAUGUUCUGUAUGUUAUAACGUGUUAUUUAACAAUUUCUAUGUUACCAUAAAAUCCUCAAAAAUAAUAACCUAACAGUUAGCUAAGUUAAAUUUGUAACGGUGGUGUGUGACGCAAAAAUGAUGUGACUGGCAUUUCAUUUUUAGUAUUUAAACAUUUUGAUUUGACUUAAUGGUGGAAUGUGUGUUGGUUUGAAACAAACAACAACAAAAAAACUAGGAAUAAAUAUAACAUUGUGGAAGCUUCGCUAUGGGUGCCCGGGGCAGAAAACAUUGUGUAAAGCAUUCUCCCCAACCUGGCACGCCAAUUUAAAUAAAAAGCAUAAAAGGUUAGUAGCUCGAAUACAGUUAUCUUUAAUGCGUUUGUAUCCAGUAACUCAAUAAACUCAUUAAACCUUA